UUCCUGUGACUUCUCACCAGGAGACUUGGUCUGGGCCAAGAUGGAGGGCUACCCUUGGUGGCCUUGCCUGGUUUACAACCAUCCCUUUGAUGGAACAUGCAUCCGUGAGAAAGGGAAGUCAGUCCGGGUUCAUGUGCAGUUUUUUGAUGACAGCCCAACAAGGGGCUGGGUUAGCAAAAGGCUAUUAAAACCAUACACAGGUUCAAAAUCUAAGGAUGCUCAGAAGGGAGGCCAUUUUUAUAGUUCAAAGCCUGAGAUACUUAGAGCAAUGCAACGUGCAGAUGAAGCCUUAAAUAAAGACAAGACUAAGAGACUUGAAUUGGCAGUGUGUGAUGAGCCCUCGGAACCAGAAGAGGAAGAGAUGGAGGUAGGUGCAACUUAUGCAUCUGAGAAGAGUGAAGAAGAUAAUGAAAUUGAGAGUGAAGAGGAAGUGCGGCCUAAGAUGCAAGGAUCUAGAAGAAGUAGCCGUCAGAUAAAAAAGAGGAGGGUCAUAUCAGACUCUGAGAGUGACAUUGGUGGCUCGGAUGUGGAAUUCAAGCCAGAUGCUAAGGAGGAAGGAAGCAGUGAUGAAAUAAGCAGUGGAGUAGGGGAUAGUGAGAGUGAAGGCUUGGAUAGCCCUGUCAAAGUUGCUCCAAAGCGGAAGAGAAUGGGGAUUGGAAAGAUUGGUUUUAAAAAGAAUAGUUCAAGGAAGGAAACACCCUCAACCACCAAACGAGCAACUGGCAUUUUAUCAGAAACCAAGAGUACUUUGAGUGCUUUCUCUGCCCCUCAAAAUUCUGAAGCCCAAGCCCAAGGUAGUGGAGGAGGUGAUGACAACAGUGGCACCACCGUCUGGUAUCAUGAAACUUUAGAAUGGCUUAAGAAGGAAAAAAGAAGAGAUGAGCACAGGAGGCGCCCCGAUCAUCCCGAUUUUGAUGCAUCCACACUUUAUGUGCCUGAAGAUUUCCUUAAUUCCUGUACUCCUGGGAUGAGGAAGUGGUGGCAGAUUAAGUCUCAGAACUUUGACCUUGUCAUCUUCUAUAAGGUGGGGAAAUUUUAUGAACUGUACCACAUGGACGCUCUCAUUGGAGUCAAUGAACUGGGUCUGGUAUUUAUGAAAGGCAACUGGGCCCAUUCUGGUUUUCCUGAAAUAGCAUUUGGGCGAUACUCAGAUUCCCUGGUGCAGAAGGGCUAUAAAGUAGCACGAGUGGAACAGACUGAAACGCCAGAAAUGAUGGAGGCACGGUGCAGAAAGAUGGCCCAUAUAUCUAAGUAUGAUAAAGUGGUGAGGAGGGAGAUUUGUAGGAUCAUUACCAAGGGUACACAGACCUACAGUGUACUCGAAGGUGACCCUUCUGAGAACUACAGUAAAUAUCUUCUUAGCCUCAAGGAAAAGGAGGAAGAUUCUUCUGGCCACACUCGACUAUACGGUGUGUGCUUUGUUGAUACUUCAUUAGGAAAGUUUUUCAUAGGUCAGUUUUCAGAUGAUCGCCAUUGUUCCAGAUUUAGAACUCUUGUGGCACACUAUCCUCCAGUACAAGUCUUGUUUGAGAAAGGAAAUCUCUCAGUGGAAACUAAGACAAUUCUGAAGGGAACAUUAUCCUCUUCUCUUCAGGAAGGUCUGAUACCAGGCUCCCAAUUCUGGGAUGCAAACAAGACUUUGCGAACUCUUCUUGAAGAAGGGUAUUUUACUGAAAAGGUAAAUGACAUUGGUGUGAUGUUACCCAGGGUCCUUAAAGGUAUGACGUCAGAGUCAGAUUCCAUUGGGUUGACACCAGGAGAGAAGAGUGAACUGGCUCUCUCUGCUUUAGGUGGUUGUGUCUUCUACCUCAAAAAAUGCCUUAUUGAUCAGGAGCUUUUAUCAAUGGCCAAUUUUGAAGAAUAUAUACCCUUGGAUUCUGAUAUGGUCAGUACAAGACCUGGUGCUAUUUUUACUAAAGCCAGUCAACGAAUGGUGCUAGAUGCAGUGACCUUGAACAAUUUGGAGAUUUUCCUGAAUGGGACAAAUGGUUCUACUGACGGGACUCUGUUCGAGAGGAUUGAUACUUGCCAUACUCCUUUUGGUAAGCGGCUCCUAAAACAGUGGCUUUGUGCCCCACUUUGUAGCCCUUUUGCUAUCAGUGAUCGCCUAGAUGCAGUAGAAGACCUCAUGGAUGUGCCUGACAAAAUCUCUGAAGUUGCAGACCUUCUGAAAAAGCUUCCAGAUCUUGAGAGGCUAUUGAGUAAAAUUCAUAAUGUUGGAUCUCCCCUAAAGAGCCAGAACCACCCCGAUAGUAGGGCUAUAAUGUAUGAGGAAACUACGUACAGCAAAAAAAAGAUUAUUGAUUUUCUUUCUGCUCUAGAAGGAUUCAAAGUAAUGUGUAAAAUUAUAGAGAUUAUGGAAGAAGUAGUUGAUGAGUUUAAAUCUAAAAUCCUUAAGCAAGUCGUUACUUUUCAGACCAAAAACCCUGAAGGACGCUUUCCUGAUUUGACUACAGAACUGAACCGAUGGGAUACAGCCUUUGACCAUGAAAAGGCUCGAAGGACUGGACUAAUUACUCCCAAAGCAGGAUUUGAUUCAGAUUAUGACCAGGCUCUUGCUGACAUAAGAGAAAACGAACAGAGCCUCCUAGAAUACUUAGACAAACAGCGAAGUAGAAUUGGCUGUAGGACUAUAGUCUAUUGGGGGAUUGGUAGGAACCGUUACCAGCUAGAAAUUCCAGAGAAUUUUACUACCCAUAAUUUGCCAGAAGAAUAUGAAUUGAAAUCUACCAAAAAAGGCUGUAAACGAUACUGGACCAAAACUAUUGAGAAGAAGUUGGCUAAUCUCAUCAAUGCUGAGGAACGUAGAGAUGUAUCAUUGAAGGACUGCAUGCGGCGACUGUUCUAUAACUUUGAUAAAAAUUAUAAGGACUGGCAGUGUGCUGUCGAUUGCAUCGCAGUGUUGGAUGUCUUAUUGUGCCUUGCUAACUAUAGUCAAGGGGGUGAUGGUCCUAUGUGUCGCCCAGUAAUUCUGUUACCAGGAGAAGACAAUCCACCCUUCUUAGAGCUUAAAGGAUCACGACAUCCCUGCAUUAUGAAGACUUUUUUUGGAGAUGAUUUUAUUCCUAAUGACAUUCUAAUAGGCUGUGAGGAACAAGAGGAAAAUGGCAAAGCCUAUUGUGUGCUUGUUACUGGACCAAAUAUGGGGGGCAAGUCUACACUCAUAAGACAGGCUGGCCUAUUAGCUGUAAUGGCCCAGAUGGGUUGUUAUGUACCUGCUGAAGUGUGUAGGCUCACACCAGUUGAUAGAGUGUUUACUAGACUUGGUGCCUCAGAUAGAAUAAUGUCUGGUGAAAGUACAUUUUUUGUUGAAUUGAGUGAAACUGCCAGCAUACUUAGGCAUGCAACGGCACAUUCUCUGGUGCUUGUGGAUGAAUUAGGAAGAGGUACUGCAACAUUUGAUGGGACAGCAAUAGCAAAUGCAGUUGUUAGAGAGCUUGCCGAGACCAUAAGGUGUCGUACAUUGUUUUCUACCCACUACCAUUCAUUAGUAGAGGAUUAUUCUAAAAAUGUUGCUGUGCGCCUAGGACACAUGGCAUGCAUGGUAGAAAAUGAAUGUGAAGACCCAAGUCAGGAGACUAUUACCUUCCUUUACAAAUUCAUUAAAGGUGCCUGUCCUAAGAGCUAUGGCUUUAAUGCAGCAAGGCUUGCUAAUCUUCCAGAAGAAGUUAUUCAAAAGGGACAUAGAAAAGCAAGAGAAUUUGAGAAGAUGAAUCAGUCACUACGACUAUUUCGGGAAGUCUACCUGGCUAGUGAAAGGUCGUCUAUAGAUGCUGAAGCUCUCCAUAAGUUGCUGGCUCUGAUUAAGGAAUUAUAGACUACAUUGGAAGCUUUGUGUUGACUUUUGACAAAGGUGGUAACUUCAGACAACAUUAUGAUCUAAUAAACUUUAUUUU